UUUCGCUCCUACUCUGGCUUCCGGACGCCAAGAUAGACCGCUGCCGCCGAAUUUAAAGAGACAGGCGAUAGUUAUAUUAAAUACGUUAAACGGUAACCAUUGUCUCCAAGCUUAUUUUCCGACGCUUUAUGUUUCCGCUUGUUUAAUUCGAUGGUGAUGUUUAGUCAAAGUCGAAGCGAGUAGCAGCUUGUCUCUCUGCACCCUUUACUCUGCUGGAUUUCCCGUUCUUUUGCCUCUGUGCCGAGACUGUCCAGCCAGGCAAAGUAGGGUUGCUUGCUGGCAGGCUGGCUUCCCGACCGAGAGCAAGGUUUGUCUGCUAGCCAACAACUGGAGGUAACAUCGAAGCUUCCCUCUUUAAGUUGUGGUGGCGGAUCUCAAGCCUCCUUUCGCCGGGAUAAUGGCGAAGAUUCAGGCGCACAGCACCACGAAGCAAAUAAACCAAAUUCAAGACAAGCCUUACGUUAUUACACAAAAGCAAGUGCAGCAGCAGCACUUCCAGAAGCUCAAGGUGGAAGAUGCCUUGUCAUAUCUGGACCAAGUCAAAAUUCGUUUUGCCAAUGACCCUGGCAUAUACAACAAGUUUCUCGACAUCAUGAAAGAGUUCAAGUCGCAGAGCAUUGACACACCAGGGGUUAUAAACCGCGUGUCACAACUGUUUCAUGGACACCCAGAUCUGGUCUUGGGCUUCAAUGCCUUCCUACCACCAGGUUAUCGAAUAGAGGUUCCUAAGAAUGGAGUGGCUUUUCUUCAGUCUCCGUUCUCUGCACAGGUGUCCCCAGGACAACAUGGGAAAAACCUGACAACCCCUGCAGUGGCCACGACCUCAGCUAGUGCCUCUGCUGUCCACAGUGAAGCUGGACCCGCCCACAGCAGUGAAGUCAAGGCAGCCUCAUCAGAUUCCCUAUCUUCAACCUCAACAGGCCCUCCAGAGCCUCCCAGCAGACUUUCCCUUCCCUUGGCUAACAGAGAGAGUCAGAAUCAGGCCACCACCUCAUCUGUAUCUCCGCCGGCUUCAGAGACAAGCCCCGUAGAGUUUGACAGUGCCAUCAGCUAUGUAAACAAGAUUAAAAAUCGUUUCUUGGACCACCCAGAGAUUUAUAGAGCCUUCCUGGAAAUUCUUCACACGUAUCAGAAGGAGCAGUUGGAGGUGAAGGAGAGCCGAGGCAGCCGAAGCAGCAGUGGGAUGACUGAAGAUGAGGUGUUUUCCAAAGUUGCCAGUCUCUUCAAAGGACAGGAGGAUCUACUUGCUGAGUUUGGACAGUUUUUACCUGAUGCCAAGAGAUCACUGUUCACAGGAAGCUCACUGACAGGUGGGAAAGAACAACUGAAAAGGUCGGAGGAAGAAGACACAUUAAUGAAACAAAACAAGAAGAGGCCCAGGCCAAUACUCCUCCAGCACUUGUCCCCACUGCUCAAGAAAAAAAUGAAGUAUUCCUGUACCAAAGAUCAGUCAUUUGCUUCAGUUGGCAAACACGGUGUCUUAAGAGAAUUCUCCUUCUUUGAUAAGGUUCGUCGCCUAUUUAAAAGCCAGGAAGUAUAUGAGAACUUCCUGCGCUGUAUUGCCUUGUUCAACCAGGAAGUAGUUUCUGGAGCAGAGCUGCUACAACUAGUCACUCCAUUUCUGGGGAAGUUUCCUGAGCUGUACACACAGUUCAAGUCAUUUCUGGGGGACAAAGAGCUCUCUCAUGCUGUGUCAGGGCUGUCGGAUCGUUACAUGGAAGGGGGGGGAGGCAGAGAGGUGGAUUAUGCCUCUUGCAAGCGCCUGGGGUCCAGCUAUAGAGCCUUGCCCAAGACCUAUCAGCAGCCUAAAUGCAGUGGGCGCACUGCCCUAUGCAAAGAGGUAUUGAACGACACUUGGGUGUCAUUCCCCUCCUGGUCAGAGGACUCCACCUUUGUUAGCUCAAAGAAGACUCCUUAUGAGGAACAGCUGCAUCGCUGUGAAGAUGAAAGAUUUGAGUUGGAUGUUGUUUUGGAGACAAACUUGGCCACCAUCAGAGUGUUAGAAAGCGUUCAGAAGAAGCUGUCUCGCCUGUCACCAGAGGACCAGGACAGAUUCAGAUUAGAUGACUGCUUGGGCGGCACCUCUGAGGUCAUCCAGCGCCGUGCUGUGUAUCGUAUCUAUGGCGACAAGGCUCCUGAGAUCAUUGAAGGACUAAAGAGGAGUCCUGCCACUGCUGUGCCUGUGGUAUUGAAGAGGUUGAAAGCCAAGGAGGAAGAGUGGAGAGAGGCUCAGCAGGGUUUCAAUAAGAUCUGGAGGGAGCAGUAUGAGAAGGCCUACCUGAAGUCCCUCGACCACCAAGGAGUCAACUUCAAACAGAAUGACAUGAAGGCAUUGCGGUCAAAGAGCCUUCUCAAUGAGAUUGAGAGCAUCUAUGAUGAGCGUCAGGAGCAGAGCACAGAAGAAGGCGGGGUUGGUCAGCAGAGCCGUAACGGGUCAGGCUCUGCCUCACCCAGCGAACCUCACAUGGUGUUUACAUAUGAGGAUAAGCAGAUCCUAGAGGAUGCCGCCUCCCUGAUUAUCUACCAUGUCAAACGUCAGCCCACCAUCCACAAAGAUGAUAAGGACCACAUCAAGCGCAUCAUCCAGCACUUUGUCCCUGACCUGUUCUUCUCCCGUCGUGGUGAGCUCAGUGAUACAGAAGAUUGGACAGAUGAGGAGGCAGAGCCUGAGGAAGGAGGAGAAAGAGGAGGUGGAGUUGCUGCUGCAGCAACAGGAGGAGGAGGAAAUGGCAAUUGUAAUAAUGCAUCAGGAGCAUCAUCAACUGCAGGAAGUCACUCUCAACCUCAGCUUUCCCAGUCACAGUCCCAGACCCAGUCUCAACCACAGCAGCAGCUCAACGGUGAGUCCAGGAGAAGGCGCUGCAGUCCAUCCCAACCUGCUGACACCGAGGCCUCCACCACACUGAGUAGCACAAACCAACCUGCUGGAACUACCACAUGCACCCCUGACUCUACACCUAUGGAAACAGGCGCUAGUGUAGCUGGGGAGAAAGUGGAUCUCCGCGACCCUGAAGCAGAACACCAGAAGGAGAUGGAUGGUGUCUACAACCUUUUCUACGUCAACAAUAAUUGGUAUUUCUUUUUGCGGCUGCACCAAACUCUGUGUUCGCGGCUUCUGCGGGUUUACCAACAAGCUGAACGGCAGCUGCUGGAGCACCGGGCUGAGCAGAGCCGGGAAAGGUUGCUGAUGGCAGAGGGACGGAGGGAAAAGGCAUGUGACCUGGCAAUGGAGCUCCGCCUCAAACAGCCCAGUGAGGUAGAGUUAGAGGAGUAUUACCCAGCUUUCCUGGACAUGGUGCGUAGUCUGCUGGACGGUAACUUGGACUCCACACAGUAUGAAGAUACGCUGAGAGAAAUGUUCACCAUUCAUGCCUACAUCGGCUUCACCAUCGACAAGGUCAUCCACAACAUCAUUCGACAGCUGCAGCACCUGGUGAGCGACGAGGUGUGUCUGCAGGUGGUUGAUCUUUACCUGGCUGAGAGGAAGAGGGGAGCAGCAGGUGGGAACUUGUCCUCACAGUGUGUUAGAGCCGCUUGGGAGACCAGCUAUCAGUGGAAGGCGGAGAGGGUCAUGGCUGAAGAGAACUGCUUCAAGGUGAUGUUCAUCCAAAACAAAGGUCAUGUGACGAUGACUGUUGAGCUGCUAGACACCGAGGAAGCUCAGGCGGACGAUCCAUUAGAUGUUCAGUGCCUGUCAAGCUACAUGGAACAGUUUGUGGGAACAGAGUCCAGUCUGUGCUCUCAAGUAGAGGGCUACUUCUUCAAGCCUGUGUUUCUGCCCAGGAACCUGCGGCGUUUUCGUCGUUGGCAGGUGCGGCAGGUGGAGGCGAUGCGCUGCAGGAGAGAAUGGCACCGCCAGCUGGGCGUGGAAAAUGCUGGUAGUCUGGACUGUCGAUUUAAACUCAACACUCAUAAGAUGGUGUUUGUCAUGAACUCUGAGGACUACAUGUAUCGUCGAGGGGCGCUGGUCAAAGCCAGGAAGUCGCAGCACAGGGUGGCAGCGAACCAGCAUGAACGCUUUGACAAGUGGCACCAGGGCUGGCUGGCCAGUCAUGUCACAGCUUCGGCUGAACGCUCAGUUCAGAACUGGCUAAUGGGUGAGGAGGAGGAGGACUUCAUACCCUGCAAGACUACCUGCCUGUCUACUGAGGUGAAAGGACAGAUGGUCAACAGAUACCAAGUUCAUUACAGCAGUAGCAAAGCCCCCUCCUCACCGUAAAGCUUUGCACAGUGAUGGACACACAGUACACACUCACACAGGUAAAUGCAUGGACUUAGAGGACAUCUUUACACUAAACACAGACAUUAACAUCUACAGUCCAAUUUCUCUGCCUUCCUCCACAACCUGUUUACUCAUUCACUUGCACUCAUGGAUGAAGAACCUGGCAGAAACUUGGCGAGUCAGUGAGUGAGUGCGGAACGUCAGUGGUGAAGAUGUAGAGAUGAGGACCAACAAACAGUGACAUAAUUAAUGGAAGUGAACUCGGUCCUAGUUGAUGAGAAGACUUGGACGCUGUGGCACAACAUCUUCAUCUUCAAUCUUCACCUGUGGCACUAAAGUUAACAAGACUGAUGGACAGAGAUGACUGAUCAGGUGAGAGGUCAUGAGAUCAUGGAAUUUGUUUCAGAAAUGUGAAUGUUUUGUUUUGUUUUUUUUCCCCCCCCUCGUUUCAUUUUUUUGUCAAGUGUAGUUUUUAGCUUCUAAAGCCAGAGAGCCUUCUGCCUGUUGGUUGAUCUGAGUGUUUAUAUGGAGAGAUAAUGGUAUAUGUGUGUAUGUAUGUGAAUCCAGCUCUCUACAUUUUUCUGUGGAGCCAGAACAGACUCUACAACUAUAGUAACUGCAUUAUUACUGUAUGUGCAUAUAUACAGGGAUCCUGUAUUUUUAUAUAUGCAUCGACACAAGUUGCUACAUCUAAAGAUUGUGUGGUUCCUUACAGUGUUUGCUGUCAGCCAACUCUUGAUGUUUGUGUUUUAAUUUCUUUUUUUGAGUUUGUGUAUUUUCCCUUUUUUUGUGUUGUAGCAGAACAAGUUAUCACCAGGGCAACAAGGAGUCCUUAAAAUUAAUUGGUUUAAUAUUGAUGACGUUGUCAAAUUAUGUAUCAUAGUCAUGAUUUCACCAAACGUUUCUUUGCAUUGUCUUUUUUUGCAUACUGACAUUGAAAAUAAAAGCAAAAUAUCAGUGUUAAAAUAGAAUGUAUAAUGUUUAUCCUGUAUCAGUUAUCAGAAAAUAAACAACCCAGUUGUGAUCUUCUUA